AUUUUCAGACGCUUGGGCCAGUAAUACAGUAUAAUGAUUAUAUUAUGAUCAUUUAAUAUAUAAUGGCUUGAUUGCUUUGUUCAGUAACUGAAAAGUUUGUUAUAAUUUAUUUUUUACAUUUCAUAUAAUUAAAUAAAUAAUAUAUUAGGAAAGUAUUAUCUCAAAAUGGAUUUCUCUUCAAUCAUAAUCACUCUUAUUGUAUACGGCGUUCUAGCGGCUACGAGCCUUCUGAUAAUAUUAAGUGCAAUAAUAUAUAUGAUAACAAAUCCUUUUCCAUUAGUGGAAAGAUUUAAAGAGGAAGAAACCUUUAAUGAUCCUAGAUCUAAAAGUAAAGAAAGAUUCCCCAAUAUACACGAUAGUCACAGUGUGCACUUGAGUGUGGUUGUGCCUGCUUACAAUGAAGAAGAAAGAUUGUCUCCCAUGUUAGACGAAACUAUAGAAUUCUUAGAAAGAAGAAUAAAAGAAAACCCUUCAUACAAGUAUGAAAUUAUAGUAGUAAGUGACGGAAGUAAAGACAACACAGUGAAAUUAGCAGAAAGCUAUGUUGAGAAAUAUGGCUGUGACAAGUUAAGGUGCUUAGACUUGAUCAAGAACAGAGGAAAAGGUGGAGCUGUAAAACUAGGUAUUCUAAGUUCCAGAGGUGCAUCUAUAUUAUUUGCUGAUGCAGAUGGAGCAUCAAAAUUUGAAGAUUUGACCAAAUUAGAAACUGCUCUUAAAAAGAUAACUAAAUAUGAUCCAAUCAGCCAACCAGAUGAGAUAAGUCAAAGUGAAGCAGUUAUUAUUGGUUCUAGAGCACACUUGGAGAAGGAAUCAUUAGCUAAAAGAAGUAUAUUUCGAAAUAUAUUGAUGUAUGGAUUUCACUUCCUGGUUUGGCUAUUCACUGUGAAGGGAAUUAAAGACACCCAAUGUGGAUUUAAGUUAUUUACAAGAAAAGCUGCCGAUAGAGCAUUCCAAAGUCUACAUGUUAACAGAUGGGCAUUUGAUGUAGAAUUACUGUAUAUAGCACAAAAAUUAAACAUUCCAAUUGUUGAAAUUCCUAUAAGAUGGACUGAAAUAGAGGGUUCUAAGGUCACACCAGUGAUUUCUUGGAUCCAAAUGGGUUGCGACUUGGGCUUGAUUUGGUUGAAGUACAAGAUCGGUGCUUGGAAGAUAAAGCAAGAGAAAUAACUAUAAGCACAAAUAUAUUUAAAAUUUAAUAUCAUGUAAACUAUUUCCUAUUAAAUAUUUAAUUAAAUAAAUAA